AUGGUAUUUAUCGCUCCUCCCUGGGUCCCCGAGCUCCCCGCGGUUCCGGAUACUGUCCCUAUACCAGAGUUUCUCUUCGAAGAGAAACAUGGCCGAGCUCCUCUCGCCACAUCUCUGGACCCUUAUGUCGAUGGCCUGAGCGGCAGGAGAAUCACUCCUCAAGAACAAAAGCAAAGAGUCACGUACCUCGCGCGAUCGCUGGCAAAAGAACUCGGUUGGGAGGUCAACCAGGGUGCUGAACUCUCCAAAGUAGCCGCUGUGUUCGCUCUGAACACAAUCGAUGUCCCCACGAUAAACUGGGCAAUUCAUCGACUCAAUGGCGUCUCAUCGCCAGUAAACGCUAUCUACAAUGCGACAGAACUAGCACAUCAACUGGUCGGCGCCGGGGCGCAAGCUUUGUUUACCGUUUUGCCGCUCCUCGAAGUGGCGCUCAAGGGUGCCAAACAGGCUGGCAUCCGAAGGUCUAAGAUUUUUAUUUGCGAGAUGCCUGGCGACGAUCCAUCGACCUAUCCUCCAGAUCUGAAGACGGUAUUCCAGCUCGUCGAAACGGGAAAGUCGCUCCCUGACCUUCCACCGAUCAAAUGGGAAAGUGGUCAAGGUGCUCAUCAGAUUGCUUUUCUCUGCUACAGCAGUGGGACGAGUGGCUUACCCAAAGGCGUCAUGAUUUCGCACCGCAACGUUAUCGCUAAUGUCAUCCAAAUUUCCACGUUCGAGUCAAAAAUGCGCCAUGCACUCGGUGGUUCUGACCAUCGAGACGUUGCGCUGGGUCUCCUUCCACAGUCGCAUAUCUAUGGACUCGUUGUCAUUAGCCAUGUCAGCAUGUACCGCGGGGACUCGGUGGUUAUUCUUCCGAGGUUCGAUCUGACGCAUUAUCUUUCCAGCAUCCAGAACUAUGCAAUCACCACGUUAUAUCUGGUCCCUCCAAUUAUCAUCACCAUGGUCAAAAACCAACAACUGUGCAGCACAUACGACCUUUCCAGUGUGAAAAUGAUCUUCACUGGUGCCGCUCCUCUGGGGGAAGAAACCGCGAAGGAAAUGAACAAACAGUACCCUUCUUGGGCGCUUCGUCAAGGCUACGGUACCACUGAGACUUGUACAGUGGUCACCAGCUCAAUUCCCGACGAUCUCUGGUUUGGCAGCUCGGGCAGUAUUCUUCCCGGUUUCGUAGCAAGGAUCAUAUCUCCCGAAGGUAGAGAGAUUGUUGGACAUGACGAGCCGGGAGAGCUACUCGUCAAAAGUCCAAGCAUCACCUUGGGAUAUCUCAACAACGAGACCGCCACGCGUGAGACCUAUGUCGAACUGCAGGAUGGCCGGUACAUGCGCACAGGCGACGAAGUCGUCGUUCGCAAAGCUCCGAGUGGAAAUGAACAUUUUUGGAUUGUAGACCGUAUCAAGGAAUUGAUAAAAGUAAAGGGCCACCAAGUUGCACCGGCAGAGCUAGAAGCUUGCCUCCUCACUCACCCUGCCGUUGCUGACUGUGCAGUGAUUCCCAUCUCUGAUGAUGCUGCUGGCGAAGUGCCAAAGGCAUACGUGGUCAAGGCCGUGGCAGCAAGUGACUCGGACCCAAAAUUACGCCGAGACAUUCAGGAGCACGUUGCAAAAGAGAAGGCUGACUAUAAACGUCUAAGAGGAGGCAUCGAAUUCAUUGACAUCAUUCCAAAGUCUCCAAGUGGGAAAAUCCUGAGGCGGCUCCUCAGAGAUAGGGAGCGCGCUAGAGCACAAGGCCAGGAUCCUGCGACGGCAAAAUUGUGA